AUGACAGCCUCCGUGCUCCUCCAUCCCCGCUGGAUCGAGCCCGUCAUGUUCCUCUACGACAACAGCCUGGAGGAGAUCAACAAGAACAUGGCAGCCUGCUUCCACGCGGCGGCGGCAGCGGCGGCGGCGGGCACCAACUUCGCGGCGGCCAGCCAGUGCCGGAACCUUCAGGGCGCCGCCUACACCUCCAGCGAGGCGCCCGCCGCCGCCGCCGGCAUGGCCGAGCCCGGCCCCCCGGUCAAGCAGUGCAGCCCCUGCUCGGCCGCCGCCGUGCAAGGCUCCUCCGGCCCCGCCGCCCUGCCCUACGGCUACUUCGGCAGCGGCUACUACCCGUGCCGCAUGAGCCACCACAACGCCGCCCUCAAGUCCUGCGCCCAGCCCGCCGCCGCCUCCUUCGCCGACAAGUACAUGGACACCUCGGUGGCCGCCGCCGCCGCCGCCGCCGGCGAGGACUUCACCUCCCGCGCCAAGGAGUUCGCCUUCUACCAGGGCUACGCCGCCGCCGGACCCUACCAGCCCGUGCCCGGCUACCUGGAUAUGCCCGUGGUGCCCACCCUCGGAGGCCCCGGCGAGCCCCGGCACGAGUCCAUGCUGCCCAUGGAAGGCUACCAGCCCUGGGCCAUCACCAACGGCUGGAACGGGCAGGUCUACUGCCCCAAGGAGCAGAACCAGCCGCCCCACCUCUGGAAGUCCUCUCUGCCGGACGUGGUUUCCCAUCCCUCAGAUACCAACUCCUACAGGCGCGGGAGAAAGAAACGAGUGCCUUAUACGAAAGUCCAGUUAAAAGAACUCGAAAGGGAAUAUGCUACAAAUAAAUUCAUUACCAAAGACAAGCGGAGAAGGAUAUCGGCCACUACGAAUCUCUCAGAGAGGCAGGUCACAAUCUGGUUCCAAAACAGAAGAGUGAAAGAGAAAAAAGUCAUCAACAAAUUGAAGACGACAAGUUAA